GGGGCGGGGCCGGGCGGGCAGGGAAGAUGGCGGAGGCGUCGCCGCAGCCGGGCCGGUUCUUCUGCCACUGCUGCUCGGCCGAGAUCGCCCCGCGCCUGCCCGACUACAUCUGCCCACGGUGUGAGUCUGGUUUUAUUGAAGAGCUUCCCGAGGAGCCGAGGAAUGCUGACAAUGAGACCAGCUCCUCUACGUCAGCUGCUGAUCAGAGCAGGCAUCCUUUUGAGAACGUGGAUCAGCACUUGUUCACCUUGCCCCAGGGCUAUGGCCAGUUCGCUUUCGGGUUCUUUGAUGACAGCUUUGAGUUUCCGUUCGGGUCCAACGUGCAGCCGGAGGACAACCGGGACUCGGAGAACCGGCGGGAGCGCGAGCACCAGUCCCGGCACCGCUACGGCGCCAGGCAGCCCCGCGCCCGCCUGGCCACGCGCCGCGCCUCGGGCCGGCACGAGGGCGUCCCCACGCUGGAAGGAAUUAUUCAGCAGCUGGUCAAUGGAAUUAUUGCACCAACCACAAUUCCAAACCUAGGCCUGGGCCCUUGGGGAGUCCUGCACUCAAAUCCGAUGGACUACGCCUGGGGUGCCAACGGCCUGGAUGCGAUUAUCACACAGUUACUGAAUCAGUUUGAAAACACUGGACCACCACCAGCGGACAAAGAGAAGAUCCAGGCCCUCCCCACCAUACAGAUCACACAGGAGCACGUAGAUUCCGGGUUGGAGUGCCCUGUUUGUAAGGAAGACUACACAGUCGGGGAGAACGUGCGGCAGUUACCGUGCAAUCACCUGUUCCACAACGACUGCGUUGUCCCAUGGCUGGAGCAGCAUGACACGUGUCCCGUCUGCCGGAAAAGUUUAAGUGGACAAAACACUGCCACAAACCCCCCAGGACUCACAGGGAUGAACUUCUCGUCAUCCUCCUCCUCCUCCUCUUCCUCCAGCUCACCAAGUAAUGAAAACUCAUCGAACAACUCAUGAAUCUUAACGCACCCUCUGUCCCCGGGGCCCCCUCCACUGUCCCCCCUCCCUCCCUGGCCACCACAAGCAGCCAAAGGGGCUUCCAGAACAGAGCGAGGGGAGGGGACAAGGGGGGAGCAGUGCCCCCAGAAUUCCCUUUUGAUUUCUGAAGACACGGAGACUCUGGGUCCUUCAGAGAUGAGAAGCCUCAAGUUCUGUGAUGAAAAAGGGGGGAAAGAGCUCUGUCUGUCAAUAAAAACAUCCUCUGUGCGUGGACUUUACCCGUUGCAGUGCGAGGCUGCCGCGCUCCCAGCUGGGAACCCCGAGGUGCUGAGCGAGUGGUUGAAUCCCAAAAGGAAAAGUUGUUUGUAUGGGUUUGAAUUUGAGAUCCCCUUCUUUUAUUUCUUUUGCUCCUCCUCCCCUUGGAUACUAUCUUUUCUGCUUUGGAGAUUGAAGUCUAAAAUGGAAGCGUAAGGAUGCUGCCUCCCCUCCAGGAUCUUCGGCUGGGGAGGACCAUAGCUGUCACUGAAACAGGAACUCUCAAAUAGACCCCGGGAUCCCUGUCCCAUCUCAAGUCCCAUUUAUUUUUCUUUAUAACCUUGCCCGCUGAUACUCAACACUGAAAGGGUUUUUAUAAUCUUAAAUUAUUACUGCUGUCAAUAAAUGGACAUUUCAGCUCUGCGA